CUAUGAUGCAAAAUUCCACAGAUCCACAUCCGGCAUAUUUCACCCUUGGAUACGGACAGCUCACAUCUAUACGAUACUUCUACUGUUUAUUGGUGUUGGUGGGAUUCUUGCUGAACGCUGUGUCCAAUAGUGUGAUUAUCCAUGCUGUGAUGAUACACAAAACAUUACACGAACCACUUUAUAUAUUUAUUAGCGCUUUGAGUUUCAAUGGAAUAUUGGAAAGUAUGUCCUUUUACCCCAGUAUUUUGGCCGCCUUGGUCUACAAAGUCCAGACAAUCUCCUACUCAUUUUGCUUGCUGCAAGCAUUUCUAUUUCUUCUUUAUGGAUGCUUUGAGAUGAUGACACUAUCAGCCAUGGCGUUUGACCGUUAUGUGUGCAUCUGUAACCCUCUGAGAUACAACAACAUCAUGUCCCUCUCAACUGUGUACAAAAUAAUUGGGGGAAGCUGGACUUAUUCCAAUGUAGCCUUUACUAUUCACAUGCUAUUGACCUACAGGCUCCCUUUGUGUGGAGCAGAAAUAUUAAAGAUCUACUGUGACAACUGGUCAAUAGUGAGACUUUCUUGCAUUGAUACCACCAGCAACAAUGUCUUUGGACUUUUUAAUCUUUCUAUAUUUGUAUUUUUGGCCCUAGCAUUAAUAAUGUUCUCCUAUAUUGAGAUUCUCAGGGUUUGUGCAAGAUCUUCACAAGCUGUCAUUGCUAAAGCCUUGCAGACCUGCACUCCUCAGCUGAUAACCACCAUCAACUUAGCAACUGGUGCCAUUUUUGAUAUAUUGCUCUAUAGGUAUAUCCCUACAAUUGUUCCUUAUGGGUUUCGUAUCUUCAUGUCCAUGCAAUUCCUUGUGGUGUCUCCCAUUCUGAAUGCUUUUGUUUAUGGGCUAAAAAUGACAAAGUUAAGAGAAAAAAUACUUCAGUCCUUUCAUCUCAAAAGGAUUACAGGGAACACCUUAAACAUGAAGAAGUCAGGCAUUAUACAAUAGGGCGAAUAGGUAGAAACCUGGUUAAAGAAGAAGCAUGCUCCACCAGAUGCAUCUAGUUCAACAGGACAAUCCUGAUUUCACCAAUCACUCUUAUAUCUUAGAUCCACUAACCAUGAGGGACCCCU